UCUAAUCACAGCUGCUUUUUAAUCAUUAAAGACAGGACAACUUUAGUGAUAGAUAUACACAGGCAAAUGAUUAGUACGCUUAGAUUUGUAGAUGAUAUAGCAAUAGGUUAAAAAUUAGAUACGUUGAUAGGAGACCUUUUAGUUAGAGACAUAUUAGAAGCAGAAACAGGAGUUAAGAGGAGAAGGUGGCAGAACUAAAUUAGGUUAGUUUCAACAAUUCUUGACUUCACAUAUACACCUAUUCGACUUAAACGACUUCAUUACCAAUAUUCUCAUUUUAACGUUCUUUCAAAGUUUUAUUAGUUCAGUUAAUAUUUAAAAAAUAAUUUUCCCGCGAACCGAUUUAAAAAAAUUUGAUAAAAGGUAACUGUGAAUAAACGAGACCUGAAAGAUUUCUCUCAACAAUUUAUUUUAGAAAAAACUGGUAGAUGUCACACCUACCGCUUUAUGUUAAUGUCAUUUAAAUUGACAGACUGUGGUGGUAAAUUUGUAAUAUUAUUGUUGUUAUUAUUUGGCGUUGUAAACUUUUCAAGUGGUUAAAUAGUAAUAAUAGGAUUAAAUUAACUUCUUCCUAUUAAUUUAUCACUCCAUAAUUUCCUAAAGUGUCUUACUUGUUUUCAAAUAAUGUCGCAAUAAAUUGCUGUUGUAUGGUAGGAAUUACUUUGUAACACCAACGUAAAUUUUCGUGCACGUAAAAUCAUAAUAGUACACUUUGCUGAGACUACCACUCAUUAUAUCAUUAAGCAAAUUGUGUAUAGUAUCCUCCACAUUAUAUUAUACGAGAAGCAAAUCUAAAAAAGCCAUAGUCUUUCCUUGUCAAAGAAUUUUCAUUUUAAAAAAUGGAUUUGUUGGGAUCUAUCAUGAAUUCGAUGGAGAAACCUCCAUCUCUUACAGAAAAGGAAAAAAUGAUAAUCAAAAAAAGAAAGGAAGAAAUAGAAAAGCGACAGCUUGCAGAAAGAGAAAGAUUAAAACAAUUUAAAGAGAGAGUUGAAACAAAGAUUUUAAGUUAUUUUAAAGAUAUUGCAAAUAAUAACUUAAAGUUCACUCCCAUGGAUCAAAUUCAUAGAAGUGUUAUUCAUGAAGUUGCAGAAGGGCUAGGUUUUUUAACGUAUGCUUUUGGAACAGAUGGUCUAGAUAGAUAUGUUCGAGUUUACAGAAGGGAAUGUCCACCAUGUGAAGAUGAAUUAGCUGCAAGAAGAAGAGGUGAACCUUGGAAUAACCAAAUAAAGCAGCAACUUUUAGAAAAAAGAGAAAAAGAAAAGCUAGAAUUGCUGGAAGAAUCUAAAAAACAGCCUACAAAAAUUAUUCCUAAUUUUAAUUACAAAGACAAAUAUGUCCACCUUAUUGGUUCUGAAGCUGCAUUAGAAGCAGCAAAGAAAACAGAAACUAAUAGAACAUACGGAUUUGUUCCUAGUGAAAACAAGAAAGAUGUUCGUUCUAUAGAGCAGACAAUGGCAGACAUACGAGCUAAAAAGAAACUUAAAACAAGCCAUGCUGAACAAGAAAAUAAAAGUACAGCCUUGAACUCACUUUUUCAUGUAGUCUUUNAAAUGAGAAAUUGGUAA